GCAAUUUGGCGCGGCGUCUGUACGAUACAGCUCCUCCCCUUUCAACUGUCUAUCCCCAUCCCCUUUACCCCCCUCCCAGUGCUUCUCACCCCCACCUCCCUCCCCUCCAUUCUCCCGCCUCUCCAACUGUUCCCGCGCUCGAGAUCCUGCUGAAGUUCGCGCGUUUAAUGAAUCAAAUUGGGAGUUUGAAGCUGUGGUUGCUGGCGCGCGAGGUACGAAAGCUUGCUGUUAAUGGGGAUGCUAUGGUUUAACGAUGGAAGAAGAAACUAGUGACACAGAUUUAAAUAACGAUUCAUUUGAGCUGCCAGUUUUCAGCUUUACUGGCCUUCGAAACCACACAGCCUAUGAUGGUGCAUUUGAUUUCAAGCACAGAACUCCAGAACAUACAAACUCAAUUGUUAUAGAAGGUUCAGACUCUGAAAAUUGUGACCAUCCAUUGUCCAAAACUGGCUGUUCUCAGACAAAUCUUAGCCACUCUGUUAAAUGCUUGCCUAAAGAAGUGGUAACAAUUGUGAGUAGUGAGAGUGAUUGUGAUGAGGAUCUUAUUAUCUCUCUAGCAGAGAGACUGAAAAGAAAGCUUACUAGAAACCAAAAUGUGAAUUCUAACCACUCAACUUGUAAAUCUAGUCAAGAAAAGUCCAACCCUAACUCUUCCGUUGAGGCUUCAAUUCCGAGUAAUCCUCAACUUAGCCAAGGUGAUUCUGAAAUUAAGGAGACGGAAAUUGCUCAGCUCAGUGAAGGCCAAGGCACAGAAACUGUUUAUAUUAGACGGAAAGCUUUUCCUUCACGUUGUACAUGGGACAUUUCAGAUUCGGAUGAGGGAGAUGAAGCGCGUGUGUGGCAGCCAACAACAUCACAUAUUCCAGAUUCAAAUUCAGCUCAACUGUGUGGUAGGAAUGCACCAUCCUCUACAAAAACAGCAUCAGAUUUAUCCCAUCCACAGAAAAAACUGAAAAGGAAUGUAGCAGAAAUAGAAAAUGCUCGAUCAGAGGCACUGAGAAAGCAGCAAGAAAGAGAGCAACGGCGAGCAGAAAAAGAAAAUAUUCGGCAGCAGAAAGAAGAGGAAAAAAUGAUGAGAAAGGAGUUAGCUGAGAUUGAGAAAAUGUUCAGGCCAGGGGAAUGUCUCAAAUACAUGCUAGUCUGCAUUGAUCCAGGGCUGCUUCAGGUAGAUGGUGGUGGACAACUGCUGAGCACUCUACAGACAAUGGAGGUUAAGUGUAUAAUAGAAAAUCAGACUGUUCCUCAUAGUGUGACCUGGAGGAGAAGACAGGCUUGUAUUGCAGGGCAGCUGAUGAAUGAAAAGACUGACUGGGUGGAGGAGCUUCAUGUUUUGAUCUAUAUUCCACUGGAAAAGUUUGUAUCUAUGGUUUACAACUAUAAAAAGGAGGUUCAAGGUGUUUCUACUGAAGGCCAUACAACAUUACAGAGCUUUGCUCUCGAUAUUCUCCAGAAAAGUGCAAGUAGAUUUCCGUGUUUUGUUGUUGUGGAAUUGGAAAGAUAUUUCAGGCCACAGAAGAAAAAACGUUCACAGAAGAAGCACCAACAUACAGUGACAAGUGAAGAACAAGACAAAGAGAGAAAGGCAAAGAGCUGUGACCAACAUCUGCCUUUAAUAUCACGAGCAGAUGUAGAAUUAGCCCUAGUGCACUUGCAGCUGUCUGUUGGCACUCAGUUCCAGUUACUGGAGAAUUGGAAGGAAUUUGCAGAUUAUAUCAGCAUGUUCACCAAAGCUGUAGCUGAGGCCCCUUUCAAGAAAGCUCGAGAGGACAACGGAUUAUCUGUGCACUUGGAGAAUGAUGGUUCCAGAGGGGUAAAGGCGGAUCGUUCAAAGAAAGGUCUCCUGGUCGUUUGGAAGAAACAGAUUCAGCAAUUAAACAGAGUUAGCUCUGAGAUGGCAAAUGCUAUUGUAUCAGUCUAUCAGUCACCAUGGUCACUUACUCAGGCAUAUCGAAUUUGCAGUUCAGAACGAGAGAAGGAGAAUCUGCUUGCUGAUAUUCCUGUUCGACGUGGAGAAGGAACAACGUCAUCAACACGAAGAAUUGGGCCUGAGCUGUCAAAACGGAUCUAUUUGUUGAUGACUUCAAUGGAAUCUGAAACUUUUCUUGAGUAACAGUGACAAAUCCCAGAGCUUGUGGCAGAAGGCAGAAGGAUCUGACACCAUUUAGAUUUUUGAUUCCUUUCCUUAGAAAGUCGUCAUCAUCAAAUGGCAGGCCAUAAGUCUUAAGAAGAGGUUUGUAGUUUCACAGUAGGAGAGUUGUGCCGAAAUCAAUUACUACAUUUUAAGUUAGUACCAUUGCAGUAGUGGUCUCAGUACAAUUCUUCUGUGGUUCAGUUUUAUUGGAGAAUUAUAGUUCUUCUACACAAUGUAUAGUGUGUUUAGAGUUAUGCAAACAUUUAUCUCUACCUCCCUUAAUCAGUGCAUGGACAACAUUGGUUAAUAAGACUUGCUCUUUUUUUGUUCUUCCUGCUACUUGUUCCUUGAUGAUAAGGCAGGUGAAGCAUUAUUUCCUGGAUUCCUCACCAAGGCUGCCACAAAACCAGGCAAUGGGAGAGUGCCCUGCCCAUAAUGAUAUUGUAGAGAUCCGUGUGAGACAGUGAUUCGCAUUGUCAUUGUAGUAUGAAGAUGACUCAUUAUAGAUUCUUUAUUUCAUUAAGCAUGGUAGAAAUGUGCCUUUUUAUAAAAUUAAUAUUACCCAGCAAACCCCUAAUUAUUUGGACACUCGCUUUAAGUAACAUCUCUGGGGUACUAGACCUGCACCUUGGGUUGAUGUGGAGACAGGCUGCUACCUUUCUUACUCCAUUGCAUUAAAUGGCUAUAGCCUGCUUCUGGGUUUAUCCAAUCCUUAUUCAAGCCUAGCACAUUUGAGACAACUUGCAUCUGGGCAGUAGUCACCUUAGGAAUUGGGGUGCAUAUUACCAUCAAAGGGACUAAGAGUGUGCCUUCAGCUGUGGAAGUCCCUUGAGAGGUGCUUCCAUUGCAUGGAGCCUGUUCCUCCUCAUUUUGGAGGCCUCACAUUAAAUUCUGUGUUCACCUGAGUUGGUUGAGCUUCUGAAAAUCUGGCUGGUUCAUCUUAAACACACAUUUAUCUUAAGGGUUAGUCCAUGUUCACCACACCUGCAUCUAGUGAGUGCUUUUUUUCCCCAGUGCCACACUCCGGAGGACACUGCAAGUAUUUACUAGGGAUAUGAAACCACUUGUCAUCAGCUCAAUCUUAUGCUGCUCAGAUUCACCAUCUACGUGGAGCUGUAAGCUAUUGGUACUUUCCUCAUUCCUUUGCAAGGAAGUGAUGGCACCUGCCACUGCCUUUGCUAUCCCCUUUUUACAUAUCUAAAACACUGACCAGAUUGUUGUAUGAGUAGAAUCGAUAGAACAGAGUGUAUCAGUACUAGUGGAGGAAGUGCAAGCUGAAUAGAAUGCUGUAGUGUCUGCCUGAUGGAGUUGCAAUCAUGAGCUACCUAGUGUGGCUUGUCUCCUUUGUAUUUGGAUCUGAUGGAGAUAAAAUAUUAAAGUAAAACACCAAAUCCUCCAACCAAGGUCUCUUGCUUUCUCCCCUUAGCAAUCAGUGUUAAAGGCAUACACAAGUACUUCAUACCAAUGUUUAGGGACUGUUGAACAUAACUACAUCUUUAUUCCCAUUCCAUACCAUCCACAAUGCUAUUAUCAACUGCAACAGGCUGCCGUGCAGUGAUCCAUCUGAUUUGCAUAGCCUGUUCUCCUGUUGGUAUCAAGCGGCAUUCUGGACAGACUGCUGCACAGUUAUAUUUUAAAAAUCCAUCUCUGUGAGAUGUGCUGGCACUUAGACCCACCAGCCAGUGUUAACUAGAUGGUUCCCUCACUGGCAGCCUCUGAUUUGACUUCCGAUAAUACAGUGCAGGCAGGGGAAGUUCUACUGCUUGCCCAGGUGUGCUGAUGACACAUAUUUCCAUCUUGAUUUCGGUCUUCCACAGAUCUGACCUGCAUUUAGGAAUGGGUAAGAUCGUUUAGAAACCAAAACAUGGAAUAAGUAGGACAAUCGUUACAUCUGGCAGCUUUUUAUAAGGAAAUAUUUCCCAAAGUUAACAUUAUAGAUGAGGUGUGAAAUCUAUACAUGAAAAUAGGUUUAAGAUACAUAUUGUUGGAUAGUCAAUUUUCUUAUCUUUUAACAUCAGAGAUUAGGAUAGUGUCUAAACUGGGGAGAUGGUUGAGGACAUGUGACAGGGGAGAGAGCUUGGGUUUAUGCUCUUUUGAAUUCUGCCUGACAGGAACAGUGUAGAUUUCUGAAUAACCCAAUGCCAUUGCAGAGUUUCGUCAGCAGCCCCUCGGUUACUCCAGUUCCUCAGCCCUUCUUCAACCUCACAUCCUCAUUCUAACCCUGCUGUAAAUGUAUUCGAUCCUCUCCUUUCCCCAUGAAGAACUAAGAGUAAUGAACAGCCAGGAUUACAAUGCAUAUAUGUCAAAGCAACAAAAUGAAGUGAAAACAGUUGGUGAACUAAAAACAGCAGUAGCCUUGUUGCAGUGAUGGAAGCUCUGUUUCAAAAUGAUGAGAAUUGGCCCUUAAUAUUCAAGAAUAUACCUGGAUUUUUGCCAAGUUGUGGAGAUUAUUGAACUUGUAAAAUUGUGGCCAGGACUCAUUUGUGGAAGUUCUGCCUCCAUUUCUGACCGGUCCAAUUUUUGCUCAUGGGGUAAAAGAGUGAUGUGUCACUCUCACAAGCAAACAUGAACUUAGCACUGGAUUCAAAUGCCCCUAUUAAGUUCAAAUGGACUCUAUUUUGCAAGCAAAUGUGAAACUGCUGCAUUAAAAUCACAUAUUUAACACAUAGAGACUUUUGACAGGUUGAUAAGGUUUUUAUAACUAUCAUGAUCUGAAGGUUUUCAAACCUCCCACUUCUUAAGCACUAAAAAGUACCUGGCUGCUACUGUAAGUGUUAGAAAAAAAGUUGGUUAGACACCAGAUGCAACAGCUGUUUGACUGAUUUUAAAAAUAAACGAGUUCAUAUUUCCAUAA